UGUGUGUGUUAGGGGAGUGGGCAGUGCUCCUGGCCAGCUCCCUGAUCCUCUUAGACCGCCUGCCCCAGGCUCAAAGCUGUUCCACAGGCACCAUGCGGAGGGCCCUACUGUUUGCAGCCAUUCUGGCCAUCAGCCUGGCUGACAGUCUGGGGGCUGUCUGUGAGGACUCACUGGAGCAGGUGGUGCCUGCUGGGGGGCACAACAAGAAGGACUUGGACCUCUACCACUUGCCUUCGUCCUUGCUCCGGAAACUCUAUGACAGCCGCUCUGUCUCUCUGGAUGGAUUGCUCAAAAUGCUUAGCAAGGCUAGCGUGGACCCUAAGGAAUCGUCACUUCCCCAGAAACGUGACAUGCAUGACUUCUUUGUGGGACUUAUGGGCAAGAGGAACAUCCAGCCAGACACUUCUACUGAUGUAAACCAAGAGAAUGUUCCCAGCUUUGGCACCCUCAAGUAUCCCCCCAGUGUGGAAUGA